UCAGCAACUGAACAUUCCAAACGGAUUUGACAAGCAGCGCAGAGCGGAAGCCAAGCGACCAAUGGGAGGCAGGCGCGGGGCGGGCUUAGAACGAUCCCCGGGAAUCUGCGCGCGCCGCCGAGGGCCGGCCUAAGGCAGCUGUUCUUGCUGAGUCGCCUGCUAGUUACUUCCCACCGCCUGCACUUCCUUUCUUCUGAAUCCGGAUUCUUCCUCUGGAAGCGUGUGGAGACCAGGUGCUGACUGAACAUGGGGUUUGCUGAAGAUAAAGUGAAGGAGUACAUCAGGGACCACCAGUGCAGAUUUCGAUGCAUCCGUGUCCUUCAGAUGCUCGACUAUCUCCACUGCCUCACUGAAAUAGACAAGCAAGAAAUUAAAAGGCAUUACGACAGGGAAGGGAACGACCUGACUGUGUGGGAGCUGUUUCAGCGCCUCCAGACGAGGAGGGGCUGGGUGUUGCUCCUCAUCCAAGCUCUCCAGGACCAGAACCAAGAGGAGCUGGCGAAUGAAAUUGAAGAGGUUUACGACCGUUGGCAGUUCCCUCCUCGGAGGAAUGUGCCGGCAGUUGCUCCCUCACCAGCUGUGGUGAAUAGCUCCCAGGUACCAGCUGUGAAGCCCGGCCCACCCUCUCCUGACAUGCCCCUGCCAGUCUGUAGUGGAGUCCAGCCUCCGUUGCCCACAGGCGUCUCAGACCCAUCCUACUUUGCCACAAAUGCAGCCUCUGAAGACAUGCCCGAUUACAGCACUCCUGUUCAAGAAACUGAACAUCUCCCUCGGAGCCCUGAGGCCAGAGGCAGUGCCACAAAUGAUGGGCCUUCCACACCUCCCCAGAGCAAUGUUGUAGCUGCUCCCGCUGAGGAUGCCCGAGCCACUCCGAGUCGAGGCCGCCUUGGAGAGGCGCCUGAGGAGGUUUUGCCAAGCAACACACCAGCAUCCUCAAGGCCCGACGCGGGUCCUUCGGUGCAGAAGUGGGACAGCCGCCAGUCCCGCCCCGUUUGCGUGAAGAAUGGCUAUUUUGGGAACAGGAUUUUCCCUGUAGACAGUGCUGUUUUCCCGGGGCUGGCUACGCCUCCUGAUCCCGAAAUGCCUGGGAACCAGCCAGUGGAAGACUACUACUCCUCUGCUGACAGCAGCUCCCCACUGGCUUCGAGGGGCCAAGACAAAACAUUGCUGAGGGAGCAGAAGACCCAGGCCUUGCGGGGCUAUCACAACAAGGAUGUGCUGGACGGUCCAGAGGACGUAGGCAGCCCUUUCCUCCUGCAAAGGCAGUUCGAUGCAGAGCAGGGAGGAGACCUGGCGUCGCAGGGCCGCAACAUUGCCCCCUCUGCCCCAGUAGAGUUUGAAGCGAGCCCGACAGACCGCAUGCCUGGAAAUGGCCAGGGAAGAGGUCCCCGCAUUCCUGUGAAGGUUGCUGCAACCCUCUCUUCAAAUGUGGCUUCUCUUGACAGUCCUCCCUCUGGCAGCUCCCAGCUCCUCAGUAGCCCUUCAAACAGAGGACAGACUCGCUCCAUGCCCAGCACUACACCUUUAGGGCAGAGUCGACCUCUGCCUUCCGACCUCGGCAGUUUCUCCUCCACCGACGUGAUCCCCCCUAACUCGCCUCGCCGCCUUUCGGCUGCUCCAAGCGACGCGUUUGAAACUCCCAUUCAGGGUGGAGGUUUGACUGACACAGCCGCCAUCGGGGUAGCGCCAGAGCAGCCCUCUGCUGUGAGUGGAAAUGCCGCAGAUUCAAGACCCAGUACGAACAAAGUCUUUCGCCGUCCCAGAGACCACGGUGUCUUCUCUACCAAUCACGACGACGACGAACCCUGCAAACCGGGCGUUCUGCAUUCAGAACAGGGUGUAAAUGCGGUGGUAUUGUCUGAUCAGCAGCUGAGUGAAAAAGAGACAAAUCCUGCGUAUUCAGGGAGGUCGGACAGGCUUCGCUUCAGCGAUUUCUCUGUGGGCAGCGACCCUUUGAUGAUCAGCAAUCCCAGCUCAUCCGAAGAGAGAUGCUCUGGUCCAGCCGAUGUGGCUGUUCCGGGCGGGGAUGGAGCCCGCGAUGCUCCCUGCCAGUUUUCACGCGGCAACCACCGGGGCAGCGAUGGUUCCAUCCGAACCUUCACCUUCAGAAUGGAGCAGAGCCCUAGUGUGGAUAACGAAGGAGCCCCUGGUUUGCUUGUCAGCCCUGGCGAACGAUCUCUGGGUCCCUCGCCCGAAUCGGAGGACAGGCAGCGGCCGGUCAAAAGGGCGAGGGAUUCCCUCCCCAGCGAGAGAGGCGAUGCACCAUUGACUUCACGCAGUUAUACGUGGCUCCUCGCAGGGUGUGCCGUGGCAGUGGCGCUUGUGGCUUUUGCACUUUACAAGAAGAAAUAGGAAUCUGGGGAGGGAGGCAAGAAAAGAAGGGAGAGUUCCUCGCCAGCUAAAUAGAUCGAUUCAUUUCUGGGCAAGCGUUAAGAUCGUCAUCCCUCCUCACCCAGUGCCUCUAUAUCAGGAGUUGACUCCUAGGUCAAAUACAGGUG